GUUAUGAUUUCUAAAAAGAAGAAGAAUUUAUCCCUACGUUUAUUCGAGUAUAUAAUCCAUAAUCUUAGCGUUUAUUUCACCAGAUUUUAAUUAACAUCGAUUAUUCGUUCAAAUAACAAUAAUCUAUUAUUAGUUUCAUAUAAUCCAAACACAAUGGAUUUGGAGCAACAAGUUAUCAAAGACGAAAUAGACAUUCAAAAUGAUGUUUUUUGUAAUAUGGAUAUUAAACAAGAAUUUAGUGACGAUCUUGAUGAAGCCGCUUUUCAAAAUAUGAAGACUAAUAUUGAUAUAAUUAAACAAGAAUUACAUGACGAAUUAAACGAAGCUGAAAUAUGUAGAGAAUCUAUGGUUUCAUUUGUACCCAAAACAAAGAGAGUUAGCUCUCUUAAGGUUAAUAUACCCAACAUUCGAAACCAAUUUAAAUACUCUGGAAUACGAAAUAAAGCAAAAGGACUAAUUAAAAAUGGCCAACACCUAAAUUCAGAUUCUAUUGCUGGGAUUAUAAUUUGUAAAUUAUGCGGAAAUUUAUUCAAAGAAUUGAGAGAAUUUGUUUGUCAUUUCUAUACAAAUCAUUAUGUAAAUAAGAAAAAAUCACACUAUAAAAUGGAGUUGCACCAGAAAAAUCUAUGUUAUAGAAGAAUGCAAGUAACUAACUCUGCCAUUGCAAGAACUCUUGAUGAAGAUGUUAAAAAUGAAAUUGAAGUAGUUGAACAUGAUUUGAAAGAGGAGAAAGAUACCAGUUUCACUGAUAAUUUCAAGUUGAGUUUAGAUGAUAGUGAGAAAUUGGAGAAAAGCGAAGGACGUUUGCUUGCUUAUACAAAAGAAAAGCUAUUUAAAUGUAAUAUUUGUUUCAAGACUUUCCAAAAAAAAACUCAAUUGAAUUCACACUCACGUAGUCACAUAGGUGAAAAAACAUUGAAGUGUCACAGUUGCUUGGAAUCUUUUCCAUGGAAAACUAAUUUAAUUAAUCAUGUGUGUAUCCACCCAAGAGAAAAAACAUAUAAAUGUAACAUUUGUUUAAAAAAAUAUUCAGGGAAACAUUUAUUAAAUGUGCAUUUGCUUACUCACAAAGUACUGAAGCCAUUCAAAUGUGACAUUUGCACAAAAAGUUUUACACAUAAAAGUAAUUUGAAUGAACAUUUGCGUUGCCACACUGGAGAAAAACCAUUCAAAUGCGACACCUGCUUGGAAUCUUUUUCAUGGAAAUCUAAUUUAAAUAACCAUAUGCGUAUCCACACAGGAGAAAAGCCAUUCAAAUGUGACAUUUGUUUAAAAAAAUUUUCAUGGAAACAUUUAUUAAAUGUGCACUUGCUUAGUCACACAGGACUAAAGCCUUUCAAAUGUGACGUUUGCUCAAAAAGUUUUACACAGAAAAGUAAUUUGAAGGAACAUUUACGUUGUCACACCGGAGAAAAACCAUUCAAAUGCGAUAUUUGCUUGGAAUCUUUUUCAUGGAAAUCUAAUUUAAAUAACCACAUGCGUAUCCACACAGGAGAAAAACCAUAUGAAUGUGACAUUUGCUUAAAAAAGUAUUCACGGAAAAAUUUAUUAAAUGUGCAUUUGCUUAGUCACACAGGACUAAAGCCAUUUAAAUGUGAUGUUUGCUCAAAAAGUUUUACACAGAAAAGUAAUUUGAAGGAACAUUUACGUUGUCACACCGGAGAAAAGCCAUUCAAAUGCGACACUUGCUUGGAAUCUUUUUCAUGGAAAUCUAAUUUAAAUAACCAUAUGCGUAUCCACACAGGAGAAAAACCAUAUAAAUGUGACAUUUGUUUUAAAAAAUAUUCAAGGAAAAAUUUAUUAAAUGUACAUUUACGUUGCCACACUGGAGAAUAACCAUUCAAAUGCGACAUUUGUUUGAAUACUUGCAUGGAAAGUUAGUUUAAUUACACAUCUGUGCAUACACAUAGGAGGAAAACCAUAUGAAUUUAAUAUUUGUUUAAAGAAUUUCACAAGAAAAAAUCAAUUGAAUAUUCAUUUGCGUAGUUACACAAAUGAAAAUACAUUCAAAUGUGACAUUUGUUUGAAAAGUUUCACACAGAAGUCUCAAUUGAAUUCACACUCACAUAUUUACACGGGAGAAAACAGUUCAAGUGUGACACUCUUUUCCAUGGCAAAAUAAAUUAACCAUGUACUUAUCCACACAGGAGAAAAGCCAUAUAAAGGUAACAUUUGUUAGAAAAAAAUUCUCAGCUUAGAAGUGAAGCAAUUGGUUGCUGUAUUGCAAUAAAUUAAGUCUACCUCUCGUAGCAGUGAAAGUAUAAGUAUAAUGGUUUAUUUUUUUUAUUUAUUAUAAGACUAAGUGAAAAUGGAUCUUAAUGAAGAGCAAAUGCUUCUUCUUAAUCUUCUGUAUAUAUACAUGUAUUUUUUUACAUAGCUGUAAAGUAAAUAUAUUCUGUCAAAAAAAGUCAAAAUAAUUUUUAGAGAAUCGGAUAAAUUUUGUUUGUUAUCAACGCCGCAAUUUUCCGCAGGCUUUGGAAGACGUCAAUUGCCACGUCCAGUAUUUGUUAACUUCAAGUGUGACAAUUACUUUAUACACAUUUUAGGUUAUAAUAUCGAUAAAAACCACGAAAAAAAUUAAAAUACUGUUUUAAGUGUAUUGUAUUGUACCAGAAUAUAAAAACUCUAUUAGAAGGACACCCGAUUAAGUGUUUUUUCAAGUUCCAAGACAUGCGAAAAUAAGAAUGCAAUGGUGUAAGGUUAUGAGAGUAGAUAAAGCAUCUUCAAAAUCAUGUUUGCAUUGUUGUGAAGAUCAUUUUAAUGUCGAGGAAUAAACAGAAAAUUAUGUACAAUAUGAGAUUAUGAAACAUUUCUUCAUAAAUUGAUACAUGUGUUAAUGCAGAUAGAAUAAACUUUGACAAAGCUGUGCAAGUGGUGUCGCUACUUAGUUAUUCGCCCUAGUAGUUUAUUCAAAUGCAGUCCACUUCUGAUUGCUUAAUAGUAGGCGACCUAUGAUUCUAAUGCUACUCAAGCAUCUCUGAAGACACUGAUAUUGGUUUCUUGGUUGGUUUCAUAACUGUAUUAUUUUGUUAUAUAUAUAAAUCACGUCCAAUUAAUUAAAAUAUGUUUAUAAAAUAAA